AUGCCUGUCGUUCGGUUCUUGCAAAAUCCUUUGAGGACAACUGCAGGCCUUGUUGCUUCUACUAGCACGACAACACGGAAGUUUAUACAAAACCAUUUGGCUACAUCUACGAUCACGACAACGGUCGCCCCAACAGCCACAGCUACAGUUAUCACUACAGCCAAGCAAUCUUCCUUCGCACCUAUCCAAACACUCACAACAUCCUUUGUUCAUAGAGGGCCCUCGAAUAUUCUACCCGCGAUUGCAGAUCCGAUACUCGCCAUUGCUAUGACUGAACCACCUACAAAUGUGCAUUCGAAUUUUCCCGAAUUCGGAAAUCUCAAAGUCACUCCAUAUCAGCUUAUGUAUAUCGUCGCAGUAUGCGUAUGUGUUGUGAUCUUGAUGAGUUUCUGCUGUUGCACAGACGAUAUCGCACGCUACGUAAGAUCCACUCGUAAUAAAAAUGCUGGCGCAACGGUGCAAGCGGCACCCAAAUGGCCGGGAGAUUUGCAACAUAUGGAUGGAGCAAACGACACAAGGAGUAGCAACAGAAGCUCUCGAGGCAAUUCUACUGUUCGCUCUUCCAUGCUUCAGCCUAAGAAAAGAAGUGAUGCGCUUGGUUCUCCUACAAUAUCUCAGAACCCCUUUACAAAGAUAACUAUCAAAACUUGUGAAGAAGGUCAUGAUUCUAUUAUCAUCGAUGAAAUCGAAUUACGGGAUCUUUCCUCGAAUCCUCCGGGCUGUGAUUUGUCAAACAACAAUCCUAACUUUGGUCAUGAAUACGUUACAACAAAUCCACGAGCCCAUGCUCGAAACGGAAACGUCAGCUUGCGUGGUGGUUCAGGCAUAGGAGAUAAUUAUAUGCGCACCGGGGCUAUCACUAGUUUCAAACAGACCGAGGAAAGGUGGAAGCCAACCUGGUCUGCCGCAAAGUCAUUAUUCAGUACCCGACGCAGACAAUCAGAGCCCAUCCAAGACGAAGCUAUUAGGUAUUCAGUGUCAGGUUGUCCCGAUGCGUCGGAUAGAACCUACCCAACACUUUACAAUCACGAUCGGUCUCACCAGCAGUCAACUACGGCUGCCUCCAAGCGUGCAAUGAGGAUGACUAAUACUUCUGCAACAACAUUCUCAUUCCCACUAAGCGAUGGGAGUGAUUCAGAAAUUCCACGGUUUCCCACCAUCAAUCGCAUCAAACAGAAACUCAAACCACUUAUCCAUUCCGUAUCGAGACAGUCUCUCAGAGAGAGGUUCUCCUCUAUAGAUCACAGCAGAGACCACAGUACCGAAGAGAUAGAUUCAGAUGAACUUGCAUAUAGCAACACAGUUAGAAAAGCACUCCGAAGAGCUCGUAGCUCUGCUUCUGUUCCAUUUGGUCUUUUCAAAUUACCCGACCCGGCAGUGGAUGAUCCAGAAUCUUCGGCCGCAGGACCCGUUUCGGUGUUGUCUAACUAUUCCGCAUCUGAGUAUUCUGAUAAUGCAUCGACAAAAACUAUGAGAGCUAGAUCUCCUGUUGGCAAAUUGCUUGGGGUCAGUAAUAGAAGAUCUGGAGCCGGAUCUGGCUCUGGAUCUAAAAUCAGGGAACCGCGACGGGUGACGGUACCGCUGGGUAGUUAUGAAGGUAUGGUUGAUGAUAUUGAUUUACUUGCUGAAAUCGAUUUGGGUGCUGUAAGAGCUUUUUCCAAUCUCACAGCUUAUGAGAGGGAGAGAGAAAGAGAAAUAAAACCAAUGUCUUCCACACCAGAUCUCGACGAUAAAGCCAGAGACAAGAACGAAGAUAAGCAGGAGGAUGAGGAUGAGGGUUACAUCGGGGAUCCGAGAGAUGAUGAGGCGAAUGAGGAAAUUCACGCUCCUAGCAGAUCGACCAAUAGCAGUCAGGAGGAAAAUAGUGGUGAAGUUACCGAAAAUAAGCAAGAACAAACAGACGCACUACCUCCUUCAUACAUAAGUUCUACUCGCAGCGGUCAUGUAAUCAGAUCCCGUAAACGAGACGAGCAAACGGCAAUGGCGAGCCAUUUCCAUGCGAGGAGGGCAAGGGUGGGAACGGAUAGUACGGAUGGGAUGGGAACUUUAGUGGCCGAAAAGAUGGAGAGAAGGAAAAGGAGCUUGGGAUUAUUGAUGAUUAGGGGAGUUACCAGUGGUGAUGGAGUUAGGGCAGAUGAUAGGAGGGGUGGGAAGGUAGAUUGGGUUACGAUAAAUCUGGGGGGUGAUGAUUAA